CCAACCGUACAGCAUAAAUAGCCGCUUGCCAACAAGGACCCGAAACACUUUUAAGCUAUGAGCUCAAAAGUUCCCAAUGUUUCAGACACCCAUCCCAAUGCAUUCCACACCUAUUAUAUAUAUAUUCAUAUAACCCCAACCCCACCACCACAACUACCAACCACACCCACUCACAAUGCCCCAACUCACAGAACCAAAAAAGAGUCUUCCACCCCUCCACACCUACACCAUUGCCUACAUCACCGCCCUCCCCAAAGAACAAACCGCCGUCCUGGCCACUCUCGACAGCAUUUACCACCAGCACAUCCCAACCCCCGCAAGCGACAAAAACAUCUACACUGUCGGCUCCAUACCACCGCACAACAUCGUCCUAAUAUGCCUCCCUACCAUGGGAACAACCUCCGCCGCGAGCGCAGUGACAUCGCUUCUGCACACGUUCCCGUCCAUCAGGUUCGCUCUGCUCGUUGGCGUGGCGGGUGGUGUUCCGAGGAAUGGGGUUCGGUUGGGUGAUGUGGUUGUUAGUGUGCCAGUUAGUGGUGGGUAUGGGGGUGUGGUGGGAUGGGAUAUGGGCAAGUUAGUGGCUGGCGGGAAGAUCGCAAUGCAACAUGCUGGAGGGAGCUUGAAUCGGCCGGGGAGUAAGUUGCUUGGAGCGGUGAAUCGGUUGAGGAGCGAGUAUGAGUUAUCUGGGAUCGGGGUGGGGAGAGUUCUUCGGGAUUUGGAGGAGAGGGGUGGGUUGAGUCUGGGGAGUGAGUUUACGAGGUGUGAGGGUGUUUUUGGGUUUUCUUCGGAGGGUAUGAGAAUUAGGGUGGAGGAGGGGAGGAAGAAGAGGGCAGGGGGUGUAAUUGGUGAAGAGAAAAAAGGUAAGAAGCAGGUGAAUGUGCACUAUGGCCUUAUUGCAUCGGGAAACUGGGCUGUGAGGGAUGUUAAGGCUCGAGAUGCUCUCAAUAAGAGGUUUGAUGGGCAACUUCUCUGUAUAGAGAACGGUGGAGCUGCCGGGGUGAUGAAUGAGAUUCCGAGCAUUAUCAUCCGUGGCAUUUCGGAUUAUGCGGACGCGAGCGCGAAUGAGGACUGGCAGGCAUACGCAGCUACUGUGGCUGCGGCUUAUGCAAAGGAACUGCUGGGGUUCUUGCACCCGUGUCUUGACGAUAAUGAGAUGUUUUAUCGUUCUAGGGCUGGGGUUGAGAAUGAUGUGACUCUAGGAAGGGGAGAUAUAGGACAAGCAAAGUCCGCUUUCUCCAGACAAGAAAAAGGCCCAGUCUCUAAUCCUGGUAUACCUCCUGAGUACAGUGUACAGUGAACUGCGGCGCUGAGGGGAUAAGAGAUAUCCAAACACUCUGGUGUGUGAAAUGAUUCGGACUAGUGGCUCUAGACGAGCCAGACCAUCGCCAUGUUGUCCCUUGCAUCAUCUGCAAGAUUGACCGGUCUACAUGUACUGCAGAAGAAGCCU